GGUGAACUCGCGCCGCGCUACGAAAGUUGUAAUUUUCCAUAAGUUGGUUGCCAACAUUUUGGCUUCACCUGUAAUGUAUAUUUCACUUUCAUAAUUAUUAUUUGGUGAUACGUUCGAGGCGUCUUUCUUUUGCUUUAAUUAUUAAAAUGGCAGAGUACAAUGGUUCUGCUGCUGCAGGCCACCGGCCGCGGCGAAGCAGCUCGAUCGCAAACCAUAGUCAAAGAGGAGGAACAAAUUAUCACACACUCUACAGACGAGAUUCCAAUGUGUCGACGGCCAGCUUCAUGGAUGAUGUCGAGAUGGCACAUGACGAGAUGUUCUCGGGUGCCGUUUCUGAAUCGGUUCCCUCUAGUAUUGCAUCCUUCGCGCAUCGGCGGUCGCGAGCAGAUUCUACAGCAAGUUUCACAUAUUAUCAACAAAACGACGACGACGAGGAGCUUUCACGAAGUGCCGAGGACGAAGAUGACAGUGCGAUAAUAGACGAGGAAGACGAUGCUCAAUUUCAAGAGGAAGAUUCGGACUUGGAAGCUGCUGAAUUGGCUUUGAGAAGGACAUCAACUGUGGAAUCCAGAAGUUCCGUGCAUGAUCGAUUACUGCGCAGCGAUAGUGCAAGAACGGAUGGAAGUAAUCUUGGGCAAGGUCAUCGAACAAACCAAAAAAUAUACAUCAUUACAGAGGACCUUACCGUAGUAGUGGCAGGUUUUCGAACAAGUACAUCUGGGUUUGCGUUAUACUUGGCCAUUUGUAUACUUUCCUUUGGUCUUGGCUAUCUUUUGUUACGAUGGUUGCCGCGCUGGCAAGUCCGUAUCAUUGGCAUGCCAUCACCAUUGAGAGAAUGUGCUUGGGUAGUCAUUGAAGUCAGUAAUAAUCGUAUAUUCAAAUUCCAACACUCUUUCCAAACAACCCUUGUGCCCCGUUUAAACUAUAGCUACAGCCGUGCUGACUUCAUUUUUGUGCGUAGAACCAAUGGGGAGAAUUUGUUGUUCAGGAUGUCGAGUCAAAAGAAUAUGGACGGUCUCUGUCUACAGUCUUUGGCCUUUCCCAAAAGAAGUAUUCCAUGUCUUACGAUUAUGACGACGACCCCAUUUUGGACAAUCUACGUAUUCUUGACUACCGCUAUAUGCGGUUCUCAUUCAAUCCUUUGAAAGACAGGUUCGUCCUAUGUAACAGUGAGUAUUAUUUUUAUUUCUUUCCUUUGAGUUCCAAUAAACAGGGCGGAAGACCAAAUUUUGCAGUCUUGAAUGAUUGAGAAGCUGGGGAUCGUUGGAACAUACUUUGGCAUUCUCAGUGAACCCUUAAAAGCGAUUCAAUAUGCCAGAUAAAGUCAAUAUCCUAGAAAAAGUCUAGAUUCAACAAUCCGUCGUUGUAUUGCAGUCCGGACUAUUGGAAACCAUAGGCUACUUCGUGUGGAGCGUACUCUUACGAUCAUAACUGAACCAUACUAAUCGGAACUUUACAGGCUGGAAGGACCCGGCAUGGACUGAUGUGAAGUCCAUUCGUUCUGGAAUUAGUGGAGACGAGAAGGAGAACAGAGAGCUAGUUUUUGGGAAUAACAUGAUCGACAUCAAGCAGAAGACCGUUCCUCAACUUCUUGUAGAUGAGGUAUUUUACAUUCCCCCGCGUGAAGAGAAACUUACUAAAUAUUAUAGGCUUUCCAUCCAUUUUAUGUCUUUCAAGUGGCCAGUCUUAUUCUAUGGUCAAUGGAUCAGUACUACUACUAUGCUGCGUGUAUAUUCGUCAUAUCCGCUGUGAGCAUCACUACUACACUUCUUGAAACCAGAUCAGUGAGUACGCCCGACGGACCAUUAUUAUGUAUGCUAAUUAUUUGACCAAAGACAAUGAAACGAUUGAGAGAAAUAUCAAGAUUCGAAUGUGACGUUCGUGUCUUACGUAAUUCAUUCUGUGGGUUAUGCAGUUUUCCUCCCUUACAAACAUCAAUUAACUUUUUCAGGGCGCUAUGUUCCAUCGAGUGAACUUGUUCCAGGAGACAUCUACGAGGUUACGGAUCCGGCCUUAGGACAGUUUCCCUGUGAUAGUCUACUGCUUGCUGGUGAUUGCAUAGUCAAUGAAAGCAUGCUCACUGGUAAGUUCUACAAAGCUCGCGGAUAACACGUUUCUGACUUCUUUAGGCGAAUCCGUCCCUGUGUCUAAAGUUCCAGCUACUGAUGAAUCUUUGCGGCUCCUUAACCUUUCUGCUUCAUCUGUGGCCCCUGAUCUCGCGAAACACUUUUUGUUCUGUGGGACUAAAAUUAUCAGGGCACGUCGUCCUCAUGAUGAUAAUGAUGGCGAGGCAGUUGGGCUCGCCAUGGCUGUCAGGACCGGCUUCAAUACUACGAAAGGUGCACUGGUUAGAUCCAUGCUCUUCCCAAAGCCUUCAGGAUUCAAGUUUUACAGAGAUUCGUUCCGGUACAUAUCCGUCAUGGGAGGCAUUGCAAUGCUAGGAUUUGUUGCAUCGUUUAUCAACUUUGUCCAUUUGAACUUGGCAUGGCACUUGAUUGUUGUCAGAGCCCUCGAUCUGAUAACAAUUGUCGUUCCGCCAGCUUUGCCCGCCACACUUACAAUUGGAACCAAUUUCGCCUUGGGACGCCUUAGAAAGAAACAGAUAUUUUGUAUUAGCCCUCAAAGAGUAAAUGUGGGUGGAAAGCUCGACAUCGUAUGUUUCGACAAAACUGGAACGUUAACCGAAGAUGGUCUGGAUGUUCUUGGUAUUAGAGCUGUCCACCAGCCUGCAAAUAGAUUCAGUGAUAUUCUCACCGAUGCGCCAUCAUUGUUACCAGGAGCGGCUUAUGAACGCGACCCCACAGUCGACUACAACAUCCAUAAAGCCAUCCUUUACACAAUGGCGACAUGCCAUUCCCUCCGAGUUGUUGACGAUGAACUGAUGGGUGACCCAUUGGAUCUAAAAAUGUUUGACUUUACUGGCUGGUCUUUUGAGGAAGGACAGCACAACUCUGGCGAUACCGACGAUGAGGAGUCUGGAGGAUUGUCACCUUCAAUCGCCAGACCCCCGGUGGGCAUGGAAUAUGAUUUGGAUGAUCAAGAUAACGCCAAUAAAUCUCCUAUCGAACUUGGCGUUCUCAAAUCUUUCGAGUUUGUCUCCCAGCUUCGCCGAGCCAGUGUAAUCGCUCGAAAGUUUGGGUCUCAAGGAUGUGAUGUUUAUGUAAAGGGUGCUCCUGAAUGCAUGAAAGACAUUUGCAAAGCGGAAAGCUUUCCCAGUGACUACGAAGAUCUUCUCGCUUAUUAUACCCAUAGAGGCUUCCGUGUCAUUGCCUGUGCUACGAAACACAUCAAGAAGAUUAAUUGGGUUAAGAUGCAGAAAAUGAGCCGCGAAGACACGGAAUCGGAAUUGAACUUUAUUGGGUUUAUUAUCUUUGAGAACAAGCUUAAGCCAAGCACAGCCGGUGUAUUGGAUGAAUUGACUGAAGCUGGUAUUAGAAAAGUCAUGUGUACAGGCGACAAUAUCUUGACGGCCAUUAGCGUCGCCCGGGAAUGCAACCUCAUCGACAAGACCGCUCAUUGCUUCGUGCCUCACUUCAUAGAAGGCAACUUGCUAGAUCCAAAAGCUCGAUUGUCAUGGGAGAGUAUUGACAAUGGCAUUUAUAAACUCGACGACCAAACUCUAACGCCACUUCCUCCACCGGUGGAAGGCGACGCCUCGUUACCUUAUGAUAUAUCUAAUCUAAGGAAUUACUCUUUAGCUGUCAGCGGAGAUGUCUUCCGCUGGAUUGUGGAUUUUGCGCCCACAAGCGUUCUUCAAAGAAUGUUAGUCUGUGGUCAAGUAUUUGCGCGGAUGUCACCUGACGAGAAGCAUGAGCUAGUGGAGAAACUCCAGAGUAUUGACUACUGCUGCGGAUUUUGCGGCGACGGUGCGAACGAUUGUGGUGCUUUGAAAGCCGCAGAUGUUGGCAUAUCAUUAUCUGAAGCAGAAGCUUCAGUCGCUGCGCCCUUCACCAGCAGAGUGUUCGACAUUACCUGCGUUCCUGAAGUUAUUCGUGAGGGUAGAGCAGCUUUGGUGACCAGUUUCAGCUGUUUCAAGUACAUGAGUCUCUACUCGGCCAUCCAAUUCACGUCCGUGAGCUUUCUAUAUGCGUCUGCAUCAAAUCUUGGGGACUUCCAAUUUCUCUUCAUUGAUUUAAUCCUAAUUCUGCCUAUCGCCAUUUUCAUGGGAUGGACUGGACCUUUCCCUACUCUCUGCCAGAAACGUCCCACAGCCGACCUUGUGUCAAGAAAGGUGUUAACACCACUCUUGGGUCAAAUAGCUAUUUGCAUCCUUAUUCAAGCCGUUGCAUUUCAAGCAGUGCGACGACAGCCUUGGUUCAUUCCCCCUCAUCUUGAUAAGGACAAAUCCAACAUCGAAAAUUCCGAAAACACUACACUAUUUUUGGUAUCUUGCUUUGAAUACAUUCUUUCUGGAAUCGUCCUAAGUGUGGGGAAGCCAUUCCGUCAAUCCAUGGCACAUAACCGUAAGCAUUUACAAGCCUUCCUCUACUGUUCUCACUAACUAACGCUGACUCAGUACCGUUUGUCGUCACAAUUGUCGUAGCAUUGCUGUUCUCGUUAUAUAUGCUCUUUGAUCCGUCUCAAUGGUUGGUAAAUUUUAUGCAGUUAACUGAAAUGAGUUGGGACUUUGAGGUUUUUAUCCUGGUCCUAGCAGUUGGAUAUAUUUUCCUGGCAUGGUCGUCUGAAAACUAUCUGCUACCAAAGCUCGGAAAGUAUUUGGGGAUUUUAAAGACGUCAAUCACCCGGAAGCCUAAGCAGAGAAAAACCUACAAAUUGGUGUUGGAGGAGAUGCGCUUGAGUUCACUGCAGUAAUAUAUUGCGGUGAAUGCACGAAUAGGAAACAGUGUAAAAAUAUAUAUAUAUGUAGACAAGCUAGGUAAUAGAUGGUUCGCAAACUAGCAGUGCGGUCUAACGACAAUGACAGAAUACUGUAUCUUGUCGAAUCUUAUUGAAAAUAUUGAAUCUAUUUGGAACACUAGUUC